AUGAAAACUGGUGAAGAUCAAAGGAUAAUUCGACCAAUUUUUACGUCAUUCACAGAAAUAAUGCUCGAAGACGUGAUGAGUAGAAAGAUCAUGAGCAGAAGUGAAGUAGUAAAUGAAGCUUGGUUAAAAGGCCAAAGAAGGUUUAAUGAUACAUUUAAUGUUAUGAAACGACAUGCUCGCAUCAACCAAUCGCCAAAAGAGAGAUAUACACGACGAUUCUGUUCUUUAAGUGGAAAGUACGCUACAGAUCAAAAAGAAG